UAAAAGAGAAGAACACAGGAAACGGGAAGGUAGAGAGGGGAGGGGAGAGAUAUCAUAUUGUUCAUUUCUCCCUCUCAGUCUGCCAUCCCGGUUGCGGGGCUUAUUGCUCGGUGCGUCUUAGGGAGAGAGAGAGACAGAGAGAGAGAGAGAGAGAGAGAGAGAGAGAGGAGGGGGGUGGACAAAGCGAAAGAGGGCGGAAUGCCCCUUUACAAGCGUCGCAUCUGACUAAAACAGCGGAGGAGCUCAUAAAUCGGAAAUUGGACAGAGAGGGAGACAGUGGUUUCUGCAAUGCCAAGGUGAGAGCUUUGAAAGAGUCUCCGCAAAAUCCGACAGCGACGUCAGAUCCAUGCUGGUGUGUUGCAGAGACCACAGAAACGUUCCAGCGGAUUCAUGUCGGAGCUAGAUGACUACGAGCGCAACUCUAUUCCCAAUUUGCAGUGAAGGAAAAAAAAAACAAAACAAAACACUUGUCUGCAGGCUCCUGUUGCUAGCCUUGGAAACAUUAGGAAAAUAACAAGCUAAAGGUUAUGCAUGCACUGCAGGCAUAACUCCGCCUUCCUCUGCCAAAUCUGUUUGCAAAGAAAAUUCUACAUGUAGAGUUUCUCCGCUCCAGCUCGCAAAUUCAACAUGGCCCAGAACCUCGAGAGUCAAGUUCAAUAAAGGGUAAGUGAGAGGGGUGGGUGUCGCUCAGUCACACAUGGGCACGUCAGUCUGGUCUCUGUGAUCCAGACCAAGACACCCAGCAGAGCCCCUCGUGUUCUUCCCGCGCCCCUCCCCCCUCCACCCCCCCUUCAGCUUCCUCUGCCUCCUCUCUCUCAGUUCACACCUUGUAAAAGGUGGACGGGCCAAUACUCUGCUUACCCGAGCGCCGUCCGAUAGGUGAGGGCGGCGAGGGCUGCGCUGUCAUUGGCUGACUGCUGGUGAGAGUGCGAUGCGGAUUGGAGGAUGUCGGGGGACUGGGAUGAAGACCUGUGUAAGAAGGCGCUGGUGUUGGUGGAGGAGCUGUGCUUCAACUCUCCGAGAGGUUACAGCCAGAGCGAACGCUGCCAGGAAUUCAGCUACCUGCUGAGAGGGCGCAACAGACACCUCGACCCAGAGAUCUCUGUCAGUCUGCUGUCAGUCAUCGUGACAUUCUGCGGCAUCGUCCUCCUCUCCGUCUCCCUCUUCGUCUCCUGGAAGCUCUGCUGGCUGCCAUGGCGGGACAAGGAGGGCGGAGGCCUGAGCCUGACGUCGGGGUUGCUGCCCGGAAGCGCCGGCGUCGGAAGCCUUGGAGGUGCCGGGGGGUCGUCUCUCUUACCCCCGCUGCUGCAGAGGAAGGAGGGCCACUCCUCGUCCUCGCUCUACCCCACUCUGGGCCAGCAGGGCCAGCAUCACCCCCAUUUCUCCGAUCUGGUGGGGCUGGAGAGGGGCGAGGUCGGAGGUGUGGUCGGGGGGCCACAUGAGACCCAGGAACACUCCUACCUGGAUAUGGACUCCUAUCCUAACAAUGCUGGAACUCUGAAGCUGAGUCAGACGUCUCCAGAUGUUCCCAACUCAGAGGGUGGAGCCCAUCCUCCCAAAGACCUGCCCAACGCUCAUUCCCAGCAGCAGGUCACUGCACGGUCAGUACCAGUGGACAGGCCCAAGCCCAUGACUCACCAGCUCUCCAGUCCUGAUUUCCACGGCGAGGAAAAGGAGCAGGUAACCUGCAUCGGGCAGAUCAAACCGGAGCUCUACAGACCCAAAGGCGACCAGGGCGACGGCAAACAGGGCGACAACUGCGGCAAGAUCAGCUUCCUCCUGCGCUACGCCUUCAACACCGAGCAGUUGGUGGUGAAGAUCCUGAAAGCUCUGGAUCUGCCGGCGAAGGAUGCCAACGGUUUCUCAGACCCGUAUGUGAAGAUCUAUCUACUGCCAGACAGGAAGAAGAAAUUCCAGACCAAGGUCCACAGAAAGACCCUGAACCCGGUGUUCAACGAGACGUUUCAGUUCGGCGUGCCGCUGAAUGAGCUACAUUCCAGGAAGCUGCAUUUCUCCGUCUACGACUUCGACCGCUUCUCCAGACACGACCUGAUCGGCCAGGUAGUGGUGGACAACCUGCUGGACUUCAGCGAGGGCAGCGGGGACAAACCCGUCUGGAGGGACAUCGUGGAGGGCACCGCGGAGAAGGCUGAUCUCGGGGAGCUUAAUUUCUCGCUGUGUUACCUGCCCACCGCAGGCAGGCUCACCGCUACAGUCAUCAAGGCCACCAACCUCAAAGCCAUGGACCUGACUGGCUUCUCAGACCCGUACGUGAAGGCCUCUCUGAUAUGUGACGGGCGCAGGCUAAAAAAGAGGAAGACCUCCAUUAAGAAGAACACGCUGAACCCCACGUACAACGAGGCGCUGGUGUUUGACAUCCCCAACGAAAACAUAGAAAGUGUAUCCAUCAUCAUAGCGGUGAUGGAUUAUGACUGUAUCGGUCAUAACGAGGUUAUAGGGAUGUGUCGUGUGGGCAGUGAAGCUGAAGGUCCUGGGAGGGAGCACUGGGCGGCCAUGCUGGCCAAUCCACGCAAACCAAUAGAGCACUGGCAUCAGCUUGUGGAGGAAAAAGCAAUUGGUACAUUUAUGUCAAAGAGUGCAACAACACCCUCCCCUAAGCCGCAUAUCGUGGUGGACAGUCCUCACUCCGAUUAAAAACGUCAUUAUCAUCUCUCCAGCUCCAGACUUUUCCUUUCUUUCCUCUCAUCUGUGAAUAAUUCUCACCAUCAAAGAAACGAGAGACGCGGAGACACUGCUAGUGUCCAACUGCUAGUGCUGUUUUGCUCCUGCUAAUGAAUCCUCCAAGUCCUCUGCUGCCGUUACCGAGCCAGGGUUAAAAUUAAUUCAUUAAAAAAAAAUUUAAAAAUAUCCAUCACAAGCUACACUUUGAGCAUCAGACUACACAUUUACAAACACAUGCCGACACUAAACGAAACAGCAGGACGGAUAUCGGGUGUAAAUUUGGAUUCUGGCAAGUGACACAUACAUAUAACUCACACACACACACACACACACACACAGACAUAUACACACACACACACACAAACGCACUAACACACACAGAGUUUGUAGUAUGUGUGUAGUCCAUGUGUGCUUCAGAGUAGUGUAGUAUUUCAUCUAGGAGGAGUGUGAUGUGAUAAACUUUUAUCUCUUGAAAACAAAAAGAAAAAAAAAGAAAACAUAAAAAAAAAAAAGAAAGCCAUCUGAGAAUGGUCAUUUCAACCAGGACCAAAGGUUCAUGCCCUUGUACAGACUAUAAAAGAAGAAAAUCACUAUGUCGAUAUUUUUCUUUGCAACUCUGGUGUACAGUAUAAACCGUACUGUAUAGGAAAACAUCUCAUGUAGUAUUUAGCAGGACAAAAACAUCCAUGGCGGAUUCUCCUGGCCAUUUUGGACCACCUUCUCCAGGCUCCGUACCCCCUCUGGUUUUUAGACUUAUCAGGCUUAUUUUUCUCCAGAGGAAAGACGACGUCGACGACGAAGCGUCCGGUGGUCUUUAUUGAUGUCAGAGGAGCGGAAAAAUGAGGACAGACUCACUAGUCUAAGCAUGUUACGCAACCUUGAAAUGUGUCCCUCUUCCUCAUGCUUUUUCGUCACGAUUCUCAUGGUGCUCAUCGAGUUUUUUAAUUUUUUCCAGAUUAUUUUUGCUCUGUCGUUUGUGUGAUACAUCAUACAUAUAACUAUCAGGAAAAUAGUUGCCAUUUUUUUUAAAUUCCACUGAGGAUGAGAUGGUGCGAGAGACAUAGACUAUUGGAUCGUCCCCGGCUUUCUGGCCAAACUGGAAGACUUUUCCUAAUAUAUAGGACAACAUGGGUUGAAACCUGUGUUUAGGAAUCGGACCAGCAUCUGUUUGGAGCGCACUCGCUGGAGGAUGUAUCCCGACGGGAAGGAAAUCCACCGUUCUGUUUUAUUUUUCUAUCAUUCCGGGACUUUUUUUCUUUUUUUUUUCUUUUCUCAAGAAGAUCAUCGUCCGGCUUCAACUGAGAAAAAUCGUUCCACCAUCAUGUCCCUGACGAGACUUUAGAAGGACACACACGUCCGUGUCGCUUUUAUUAGUGUGUGUUUCCGUGUUUGUGGGUGUGUGUUUGUUUUGUAUUCGUGCGCGUCUGUGUGUGUGUGUGUGCG